CACCUCUGAUCCCAAAGCAACUUUCAUCAAUCUCCAAUGGUGAGCAACACUUCAAUAAUGGAAUCCAAGCCUUUACACCCACUUCACCAAAUCGCAGAAACCCCAACUCACAAGUUGCUUCUCAAACAAUGGCUUAAAGAAGAAGAACUCAUCCUAAACAGAAUCGCCACCAAAGAAACCCAAAUCGACUCCGUCCGCAACGAAAUCACACAGCUUUACUGCAUUUUCUUCUUGUUCCAUUCCAUUUCCCUUAUGCUUUUAUUCAGUGCCUCCUCCAAAUGGGCUUCGAAAACCGCACUUUGCCACCGAUCCUGGAUCCCGUCUCUCUGUUCUCUCCUCUGUUCUAUGGGUAUCAUUUGGGCUGUUAGGUACAAGACGGAUACGGAGAGUCACUUAGAGAAACUGCUGGAGAGAGAGAAAGAGGACGGGAAAUUACUGGCUAAGUGCGUGGAGGAGCUGAAGAGAAAAGGGGUGGAAUUUGACUUGUUGAAGGAAGUUGAUGCUCUUAGGAGGGCUAAGAGCUUGAGGGUUGAAGCUAAGGUUGUUCGAAAAUGGUCAGCUAGAGACUUUGUCUCUCUGUUUUUCUUCUCUGUUACUUGUCUGGUACUCGCUUUAACCAGGACCAUUUUGUGUGGUUGAAACUUGCAUUGCAGCAAAAUGGGGUGUAUAUUCUCUUUUAUGCUCUACAACUGAAAAGCCUGAAGCUUUUGGCUUCUGUAAUCAUGUAGUAGAAGAAAAUUGAUUUCUGAAGUUGCAGCAGAAUCUACUGUUCUGCUUUUUGUUAUUUGGGUAUUCUUUUUGUAUCAUUGGCAAUGAAUUCUUAACAUUUUCAGCUUUGCUUGA